UUGAUAGGUUGUAACAAACAAGAAACGAUGAAGAAAGUUUUGGGUAAAAGGGAAAACAUCAAGAUUUUAGACUUAAACUCCUAUUGUAUCAAUGAAUUAUUUCGGCAAAUCAAAAUGAGCUGCGCUUCCAGCUUAAUACUGGAUGAUAUAUUAAAGUACAGCGAUCUCAUUCACUUUGUUAUCAGCUGCGAGUUAUUCACCAAAGCGUUUAAGGAAUGGUCUCCUGAGCUUUAUAAGAAACUUUGCAUAGAAAAUACGUUCUUAAAUAGAUCUCCCUAUAUACAGAUCGAUUUCUCAAAUGUUUAUGCCCAUAUGCUAAGAUUGUCAAUAAAUGAAAAAAAGUUAUUCUGGAGAAAUUUCUUAAAUCCGAUUAAGGAAAACGAUAAGUUGGAAUCAGUGAAGUUAGUUUAUGAACCAAUAAGUUACUACCCCGAGCAUUUGGAAAGAUUCGAUGACCUGAUAAAUUGUCUUCAAAACAAGGAUCAAUUGCGUGAGCUCUUUGUUCGACUAAAAGGAUAUAGCUUGGAAAGCAUGCCGCAGAUAAGCAGUCUGGAAACCCUUACAGUAGAUGCCCGAAUGGAAGCCAAUAUCCUAGUCCAGUUGUGUUCAUUAAAUGCAAACUUACGGAGACUCAUUUUGGUCAAUAACGAGUUAUAUGGAAGAUUGUCUGAUAUUGUACCGCACUGCAACCAACUGGAAUACCUAAGCUUCGCUAUGAAGCAGGGGGUAGACGCCGCGGAAUAUAAAGCCCUUGCCAAGCUACCGAGACUCAACGAACUAAUCCUCCUUGGCGAGCAUGAGGAGGAAUCAUUGGUAAAGCUCUUUCAUGGCCUAAAGGAAAGGAAGGUCCAAAGAAUAUCGAUACCCGAAACCCAUGUCAGUGACGAAGAGGCCAUCGCAUUGGCAUCCAUUGCCUCGUUAAUUUCUCUCAAGUGCUGUCUUCGCAAUGACUCGAUAUAUGCUGAUUUACCUCUAACUGGAUCUCUCACUGAUAUUUGCAUACUGCGUCAUCCCAACCAAUAUGAACCAGAAAUGGACAAUAAGAAAGAAAUCGGUCGCAUGAAAGUGACUUAUGGGGCAAGAACCCUAUCUAACGAAAUGCCAGACGCGUAUUAUCAAGCAAUGCAGACCAAUGAUUCAAAGCUUAUGAUGAAGGCAUUUGAUCAAGACUUCGACUAUGCUUUUCGUUUUCGCUACGAGGGGGCUUAUAAUGCCAGGGUUUUGCUUGAUAACAUGAAAUUAUCAUCAGAAUCUUCAAUGUGCUUUAUCGAGAAGAUAGUGCUCUAUCAGAACGACCCGAUUCCGAAUGAAGACAUUGCCAUUAUGGCCUCCAUACCGACGUUAACCACCAUCCGAUGCUCGAUCGCUCAAAUAGAGCAGAUGAUCAUCGUGAAAACUCUGCAGCUCGCGUCAAUUACUGAAACUGAAAAGCGAGUGGACCGCAUCCGAACGGAACAUUUUGAGAUUCGAUUAGUUCAUGGCCACGAAUCCUUAACUCUCAUACUGGACUUUUUUGGUAAAUGUAAAGAGAAUUACGCGAGGUUCUUAGCUCCUCUUGCCAAUGUAAGAAACCUAAAACGACUUGAGAUAAAGGGAAAAUUUACAAGUGGUUCCUUAGUAACGCUUUUUAAAGGUUUCACCUCCUUGGCAACUCACACUCUGCAAGAACUGAAAGCUGUAUUUCUUGACCCUGAAGAACUCGAAGAGGUGAUCAAGAUUGGGAGCCUAAGGAUCCUUAAAAGCGGUUUCUUUUGUUCCAAAAAUAUUGAUAAACUAGCUGAGUUGAAUCUUCUCGAGGAGCUAUAUCUAUCCGUCUAUCCACAGGGGUCUCUAGAAAAAUUGUUUAGGCUCCUUGCCUCCAAGAAGUCACAAGUACUGAAGAGUCUCAUAAUUGGGGGGACGAAACUUACUCCCCAAGAGGUAGUCGAGCUAGCUGGCUUAGAAUCCGUGGAGAAUCUCCAGCUUGGUCUGCCCGAAAAACAACAUUGGGAACAGUCCUCAGAAGGUACUACAGAUAGCCUAGACGUCUUCUAUUGUCAAAAGUGUCGUUUGCCCCCUGAUGCAUCCAUUUAUAUAGAGCAUCAAACUUACGUUCAUACUUUGAAUUCUGUAUCAGACAAAGAGGCCUUAACUGCUAAGAUUAAUUUUAUAACCGAAUUGUAUGGUAAUUUGACACCGGUAAACAUGCAUCUCUUGGCCAAUCUACCAAAUCUAGAGAACUUGAGUGUUUAUUUGGACUACAAACCCCAAGCUGUGGAGUACCUAUUAAGAACUAUUGCCUUGCUAUCCCCAAAAAAAUUGAGAAAACUUUCGUUUGCAACACAGAACUUUAGAUUGAUAUCUGUUUUCGAAAAUUUGCAAUCCCUCGAAUCCGUUGUCUAUCACACAAAAGAUAUUGAGUUUAUAGCACAUCUCAGAAAUCUCACAGACUUACAAAUACAUAAUCCUCUAGAUACUCCCAUAUGGGAACUCCUUAAGGAACUUAAGGUUUUAUUGAAUCUUCAAUGUUUGCUUUUGGAUAAUGCAGAUCUGGAAUUUUUAGAUAUUGUUGAGGUGACGAAAAUAAAUUGGCUAAAACGCUUAAGACUCGGCCUUACGGAUAAAAAGUUUGUCUUCAUGCUGAUCCCUUUGAAAGACUUGGAAGUUUUGGAAAUUACGUCUACACAUUACGCGGCGAAAGAUGAAGGCAACUUUAUUGUUUCCUUUGUUUUGUCAUGCAAAAAUAUAAGGUCAAUAUCUCUAUAUCGAUACUAUGAUUACUUAAAAAAGGAUUAUGUCAACGGGAUCUUGAACACUAUAAAGCUUUUUAGAGAUUCUUCCAAGCACCCUCCAUUCAAAUUGCGCGGGGUUUGGUGUGAUUUUAAAAGGCUAAGCCAGCUGGACAAGUAUAAUGUCGAAUACCUGGAAUUGGAGGUGCUCGAUAACAGCAAUCAAAACGAAGAAUCCGAUGAAGACACCGAUAAUGAAGUUUUAUAA